AUGAAAUUAUAUAAACUUGUCGUACUUGGGGAUAGAGAUACAGGCAAGACUUAUGAUCCAACAAUUGAAGAUUCAUAUAAAAAAAUAGCUGUCAUUGAUGACCAACCAUGCGUGAUAGAGAUACUUGAUACUGCUGGACAAGAAGAAUACACAGCUUUACGUGACCAGUGGAUUCAGAGUGGGGAUGGUUUUCUUUUGGUUUAUUCUAUAUCCUCUCGUUCGACAUUUGACCGGGUAGAACGAUAUAGGGAUCAAAUUUCUAGGAUUAAAGGCACAGAUAAUGUUCCACUCAUGCUCGUCGGUAACAAUUGUCAUAUCAUUACAGGUCGCGAGGUUUCAAGGGAUGAGGGAAUGGAUUUGGCCAGGAAAUUCAAUUGUGAAUUUAUUGAAAGUUCGGGUAAAACCUGUGUAAAUGUUGAAAGGGCAUUUUACGGUGUUGUUAGGAUGAUACGCUUGAGACAUGAAAAAAACAGAUCAAGCAGAGCCAUUAAUUGUAUAAAUAAAAUUCGAAAUCAAAUAUUUUCAUGUAAUUAG